GUUUGGGGAUACAUUUUAAACCAACAAGUAUAACAAAACAGUCCUUAGUCUUUUGCCUUUCCCUAUUGAGGAUAAAUUUUAAUUAUUGAGGAUAUUUUUAAGUUGAAUUAAAUAUAAACCAGAAGCAUCUUAGUGGUUUUUCUUAGUGACGUGUUUACUAUUAACUAGACAUGUUAGUAUCAAAAAAAAAACAUGCUAAAUAAUGUUAAUAAAAAUGCAAAAGAAAGAAAUAAUCAGAUGUGGCUGGCUAAAUGAAGAUCCACUUUAUAUAUCUUACCACGACAAUGAGUGGGGCAAGCCAGUAUAUGAAAAUAUAUAUCUUUUCGAAAUGCUUUGUUUAGAAGGUCAACAAGCUGGCUUAUCAUGGAUAACUAUUUUGAAAAAAAGAGAAAACUAUAGAAGGCUUUUUUAUGAUUUCAACCCAAAUAAUAUUGUACAGUUAGAUAGUAAUGAUGUAUACAAACUUUUAUAUACCUCAGACAUUGUGAGGCAUAAAGGCAAAAUUGAAUCAAUCAUACACAAUGCUAAAUGUUAUAAUAAAAUGAAAAACAAUGGAGAAGAUUUUUCUAAAUUUAUAUGGAGUUUUGUGGACAAUACUCCUAUAGUAAAUAAUUGGUCAAACCAUAAGGAAGCUCCAACAGAAACUCAAACCUCUAUUGCACUUUCUAAAGCUUUAAAACACAGGGGAUUUAAGUUUGUUGGGCCAAAAAUUUGUUAUGCAUUUAUGCAAGCCUGUGGCUUAGUAAAUGAUCAUAUAAAUGAUUGUAUCACUAGGCAAUAAAUAUGAUGUCAUGAAAACAUUUUAUAGUUUGUUUCUUACUGUUACUGUUAUAAACUACAAAGUUGAAAUAAAAAUACUAAACAAAAUAAAUAAAAAA